UUUAGGUUGAAAAUUAAACUUAACCCAAAGGAAGUCAGUCGUAUAUUCUGGAUUAUACAAACAUCUUUAUUCAUAAUUAAACGUAAUACUUGGAUCUGUUGUUUCCUGUUCAUUUUGCGUGGCUAAAAUGGAGUUGUACUCCUUUGUAUUUAUUUGGAUAUAUACGCUAGUAUUUAUUGAUUCUGUCAGGGCUUGCCCUGCAAGUUCACCUCGACUAUUCCAAAGGGUACAUGAUGACGAUGUAAAACUUUCAUUGAUUACAACUGUAAUCACUCAAGGCGUAAUAAGCUACCUGAUUAGGAAGGACGAAACAAAUUUGAUGAGUAUAGAUUUUUACAACGGUGCGGUUAUACAACAAGAGCCAUGCACGCCUGCUGACUGCACGGUUUCUGGAAAUGCUGCCUACGGUGACUUUUCUAUCACAUUAUCAAAUGUACAGAGAACGUCAGCAGGAACAUAUAAACUCAUCGUUGUCCAAUCAAAAGAAGAAAAGGCGUGCACAACACUUUUCGUUCUCGGAGAUCCAGAACCACCUACCAUUUCGUCAAACAAUGACCCAUCCGUCGGUGAGAGUGUCACUGUCACCUGCAGUAGUACCUCCACAACCACACCGACAAACCACGGGCUUAGUUUAUCCUAUACCUGGACGAUAGAUGGCCAGACAACCCCUGUCGGCACGCGUUACACUUACUCUGAUUCCAGGCAUCAUAUUACUAUUUCUAAUGUGCAGAAGACGGACAGCACCAUUGUUAUGCAUUGUUCGGCAGCUGAGGUCGUUACAAACGGGUACACGUCAUCCCAGAGCAUAGGAUUUACAUUAAACGUUCUUUACGGACCAGACAGCAUAACUUUCAACACAUCCUUAACUACUAUAAGACAAAGAGAGGGCUUGUUGUUCCUUCCGGUUGAAUGCCAGACAGAUUGCAAUCGCUGCACGUUUACAUGGAACAAGGACGGUGCUCCGUUUACAAGCACAGCUAUUUUAGAUUUGGCUACAUUGCAGAAAUCGGAAGCUGGUGUUUAUUCGUGCACAGCGUCAAGGACUGGAGCACGAUCAAUGGACAAACAACUUGUUGUCCAAGUUAUAUACGGACCUGAUCAUGCAGCUGUCCUUCCGGUCAAUACCCUGUAUGUACUGAACGACGGAAACACAAUGGACAGCGUAGUUUGUUCAUCUGACUGCUUCCCGGAAUGUUCUCUUAUGUGGCUUCCGUCUAUAUCGAGUAACCGAGGAAACCUCAGCCUAGGCGUCCUUCACAAGGAGUCUGCCGGGAAGUACACAUGUGUAGCAAGUAACCCGGAAUGGAGUGAGAAAUCUCUUAAUGUUACCAUAACAGUCCAGGAUCAUAACUCAUGUUAGACCGGCAGGUGUACAAAAGCCCAUGUUGACCAACAUAACUAUGAAGUGACAUGAUUGUAGUUGCACUGUCAUUGGUGUUACAUGCGGCCAUAACGAUUUGGACCGAGAAAAAUGUUACAAAAAUGGAAGGUACACAGUAAGACAUGCUGACCAACAUAUGUAUCGAGUUGUACGUGUGUAUGUGUUAGUCAUUUCGCGCUUUAUGCGACACAUAUUUUUUCAGACCAUUGUUUUCUAGUGUAAGCGUUUUAACUUAUAUAUAUAUUAAUAAUCAUUCAGUAAUUAGACUGAAUUCUGCUGCUUAAAAUUUCAUUGCGGUCAAUAUAUAAGAUUUUUCUUAAUAAUGGACAUACUUGUUAACUAUAAGAAUAGUUGUCAAGUCGUUUAGAGAGAAAAAUCCGUCUACCUCAAUCAUUUUUAGAGCGACUUUUCGAAGAAUAUUGAGAACUUUACUAAUCACCCUAGCGUGUCACUGUCAAAUCUUGGUUAAUAUUUUGCAUAUAUGCACGUUAAAGUCAUUAUCUCAGCAAAUGCAUUAUAUUUUUUAUUCAAUCAUACAAUAAAUGUUUUCAAAUAUUCAACCUACCUAAUUGAUGAAGUAAAAAAAACUCUAUUUUGAAUAUAUUAAUUCAAAUUAUGGCCUUUAAGUAUUCGUCUAAGAACUUCUGGUAGAGGUUUCGUAUGUAAACACACGUAGGCUAUUAUCUCAGCAACUAUUUAAAGUAUUGCAAUUUGGCCUUUAUACAACGUUACUCAACCGUUCAAUCUACUUGAUUAAUCAAGUUAGAUAACUCUAUUUUCCAUACAAUGCAAAUUAUCGCCCCUUAAUAUUUGCCUUAGAAAUUGUGCUUAAGGUUUUGCAUGUAAGCACGAAAAGGUUAUUAGCUUAUCAUCUGAGUGUUGUAAUGGGCUUUAUACGACGGUACCUAACCGUCUAACCAACUUUAUUUAUCGAGUUUGAUAACUUUAGUUUUUGUACAAUGCAAAUAAUGGCCCUUUAUUAAUUGCCUAAGACAUUCUAGUUAAGGAUUUGUACGUAUAAACUUUAAGUCAAUAUCUCCGCAAACACAAUAUAUAUUGUAUUAAAACAUUUAAAUGUAAGGGUGCAUAAGUUGAUAGAUCGGUGCAAUAAGUACUUAAUAAGCAAUAAGUGCAUUGCCAAUGGCUCCAAAUCAUCCAACUUAGUCAACCAAGACAGUUUUUUACCUUAAAUGUAAUGCAAAUGAUUGCCCUUCAUUAUUCUACUAAAGAAUUCUGGUUAAAAGCUGUGAAACAGUGGAGCGAGCUUUUUCGGUGACAGCUCUUGUAAGUAAGUAAACAUAGACGUACAAUGAAACAUGAAAACUAGAAUGUUUACCACAUUUAUACUUCUAAACACCUACGAUUAACCUCACUGCUGUCGUAUACGAUUUUUUUAUGAAAACUGGCACACUGAAUUAUUUUGAUUUAUACGUUUGCUAUAUGAGUUGUUAUUCAUUUAAUUUUUGAAUUGGUAAUACUUACUAAAUGUAAUGAUAUUUGACUCAGGAAGGUUAAGGAUUUUAUAUUUUUGAGUAAUCUAUACCGAUAAAUCUAUCUAUAUAUGUAAAUCUUUCUGCAGAUGGUCCGGAGAGCGCUUUUCUAGACGUGUUUUCCCCGUUCGUUUUGACGGAAGGGGAAACAAUCAAAAUCAUAGGAUGCACUUCCGACUGUUGGCCUGGCUGUCGACAGAAGUGGA